AUAACCUCUUACGGUUAUUUUCUUGUAUUCUAUUUUGAGCUGUAGUCGAUUUGCUUUAUUUUAUUCAAACAGACAAUUCUUAUAUGAGUAAAGACCAGCAUGGUUCAUCAUCUGAGAGUGAAGAUGAAGCACUGGGUAAAUAUCAUGAGGCCUUGUCUAGAACCCAGAGUUCCAGGCUGCCAGUGGUGGAUGGCAGACAGCAAAAAAACUAUAUAUGGGAAACCAGACAAAAAUAUAGUCCCCUGUCUGCAGAAUAUGAUGGAUACAGUAGUGAAGCCUCAAUAGAAGAAGCAAACUGCAUUCAGAGGAUGAGAAGAACACCUCCGCUGGAUGAACUGCAGCCGCCUCCAUACCAGGAUGACAGUGGUUCUCCUCAUCUUUCCUGUACGCCUUCCGAAGUCGGAGACAGCAAAUGUGAAUAUUCCCAGUGUAGCAACAGCCCGAGGUGUUCAUAUAAGUGCCCUAGUGAGGGAAGCACGGGACACGAAAUAGAAAGCUUUCAUAACAAAGGAUACGAAGAGGAUGUUCCGAGUGAUAGCACAGCAGUUCUUAGUCCAGAGGAUAUGUCAGCUCGAGGAUCAUCUUCACAGCUUCCUAAACCUUUUGAUCCUGAGCCAGUAGCUAAAUAUGGCACACUAGAUGUGACUUUUGACUAUGACUCACAGGAACAGAAGCUUUUGGUGACAGUGACAGCUGUCACAGACAUUCCAACAUACAGCAGGACAGGUGGAAGCUCGUGGCAAGUACACCUAGUUCUUCUCCCUAUAAAGAAGCAGAGAGCAAAAACCAGCAUCCAGCGGGGACCGUGCCCUGUCUUCACAGAGACAUUCAAAUUUAAUCACGUUGAGUCUGAGAUGAUUGGGAAUUAUGCAGUUCGCUUUCGACUGUACAGCGUACGGCGCAUGAAAAAAGAGAGGAUUGUGGGAGAAAAGAUUUUUUACUUGACAAAAUUGAAUCUUCAAGGGAAGAUGUCAGUGCCAGUGAUACUGGAACCUUCUUACAGUCUGCCUGUGAGUAUUAAAUGAGGCAGAAUAAGAAUGCAGUGAGAUACAGUGUCCUGAAUUCUGAAUAAGAAUAGUGUGUAUAUUUAUAGAGUCAUCACAUCCACUGAGUUUUUUGAACAGUCAUAGCACUGCAUUAGCACAAUGAAAAUUUCCUUAGAGCUUCUGUAAAUACAUUCACUUUCCACCUGCAAAAGCUGUCCAUAUUUUCCUGUAAAUUGCUUCAAAAUUUCCCGUCCAUAAAUAGGGAUAUAGUGAUGAAUGCAUGUAUCCAUGCAUAUAGAUAUGUAUAUGUAUAUGUGUGUAAUAGUAUUAUCUUUACCACCUGCAGCACUUCAAUUUAAAAAGAAAAACACACCAGAGUGGAAGAAAGAAGAAGCUAUACUAGCAAAUGUUCUCCAUCUGUUGCAAUUAAGUCUUGUUGCAGAUAGGUGUUUUCCUUGAAAGAAAGAAAGAAAGAAAGAUAGGAAAGAGGAAUUUUGAGAGUAUAAAGCCAUUUUUAAUAACUUCACAUCAGUACCUUGGAAAUAAUUGAUUUCUGGUUCAGUCUGAAGUGAAAAGCAGCUGAA